CUAGGCACCAUCCCCCCUAUCAAGUCUGCUCAAGGGGAGGGCGAUGACGUGAAGAAGCUCUUCACCAUCGCCUGCCCUGUGAUCCUGGCCACGCUGGGAGUAGCCCUGCUCUUCAUCAUCCGUAAGAAGAGGAAGGAGAAGCGGCUGAAGAGGCUAAGAGAUGCCAAGAGUCUGGCUGAAAUGCUGAUCAGAGGGACGAGGCAGGUGUCCCCGCCGGGAAAGGCCCCCCCCCAGGGCCCCCGACUGCACAUAGACAUCCCUCGGGUCCAGCUGCUCAUCGAGGACAAGGAAGGCAUCAAACAGCUGGGGGAUGACAAAGCCACGAUCCCGGUGACCGACACGGAGUUCAGUCAGGCGGUGAACCCCCAGAGCUUUUGCACAGGCGUCUCGCUGCAUCACCCCGCUCUGAUCCAGAACACGGGGCCCCUCAUCGACAUGUCGGACAUCCGCCCUGGCACCACCCCUGUGUAGCGGACGCGCGUCGUGAAGUCUGCGCACAGCACCCGCAACCGCUACUCCAGCCAGUGGACCCUCACCAAGUGCCAGGCGUCCACCCCUGCGCGCACCCUCACCUCUGACUGGAGGACAGUGGGCUCCCAGCACGGCAUCACCGUCACCGAGAGCGACAGCUACAGCGCCAGCCUCUCUCAGGACACAGACAAGGGGCGGAACAGCAUGGUGUCAACGGAGAGCGCCUCAUCUACCUACGAGGAGUUGGCACGUGCCUACGAGCACGCAAAGCUGGAGGAGCAGCUGCAACAUGCCAAGUUUGAGAUCACAGAGUGCUUCAUCUCUGACAGCUCUUCAGACCAGAUGACCACCGGCACCACCGACAAUGCAGACAGCAUGACCUCCAUGAGCACCCCGUCAGAGCCUGGCAUCUGUCGCUUCACAGCCUCCCCUCCCAAACCCCAGGACAGUGAGCGGGGCAAGAGCGUGGCCGUACCCAUCCCUCACCGUGCCAGCAAGAGUGACUACUGCAACCUCCCGCUCUACGUCAAGUCGGAGGCCUUCUUCC